AUGCUGAACAGUUUUGAUUCUUGCAUUAAGACCGCGUCUUCCGGCGUUUUUGAAGGCAUAACUGUCAAUUUAGGCCUCUGGGAUACAGCUGGUACAGAGCUUAUAUUGCUAGUAUGUGCUACUGACGGCCAUGAUGAUGUUAAACCUUUUGCGAAGUGCCUGAGUGAAAUUAAAAGAACUAUAUGUUAUGCUCCAGAACUUUGGUUAAGCAGGAAUGUAGAGAACAACCAGUUUUCUGGAUCAAUACCUCCAAAGUUGUUAAGCAUCCCUAACUUUAGACCUGUUAAUUCCAAAGAUGUGCAGUUUUGCAAUUAUGAAAAACAUUCUGGCAUUAGGCUUAUUUUCCUGCAUAAUUUUUGUAGCACUGCAAAUCACAAAAGCAACCUAUUGUAUGCUGCAUCCAUUUAUACAGCUAGGCAAUAUACCUAUACAUGUAAUUUAAGAAUGAAUGACUUGAUGGCUGGUGAUGCAAAUGAGUUCUACACUAUUUCUGACGAGGUUUGUGAAAGUUUUGAUGGUAUGGGCUUGCAAGAGAAUCUCCUCAGGGGCAUUUAUGCUUACGGUUUUGAAAAGCCAUCUGCCAUUCAGCAAAGGGGAAUUGUUCCUUUCUGCAAGGGACAUGAUGUUAUUCAACAGGCUCAGUCUGGAACUGGAAAGACGGCAACUUUCUGCUCUGGUGUUCUGCAGCAACUUGACUACAAUGUGACUCAGUGCCAGGCCUUGGUUUUAGCCCCAACACGCGAGCUUGCUCAGCAGAUUGAGAAGGUUAUGCGGGCACUUGGAGACUAUCUAGGUGUUAAGGUGCAUGCUUGUGUGGGAGGUACAAGUGUUCGUGAAGAUCAACGCAUUCUGUCAAGUGGUGUCCAUGUUGUGGUUGGUACUCCCGGUCGUGUGUUUGAUAUGCUGCGCAGACAAUCUCUUCACCCGGAUUACAUCAAGAUGUUUGUGUUGGAUGAGGCUGAUGAAAUGCUCUCUCGAGUGCAGGAGUGCAGGAGUGCAAGAAGCUUCCCGGUUAUUUUAUGGAAUGGAUUAAUCUCAAAGAAUUGGAGUUUAUAUGUUGGUUGUGUUACUAUGUAG